GAAACUGAUCUCUCCAAACCGAGAUUUAGCACACUGCUAGAUAUGGGUCAGCAUUGUGAAGAGGAUGUUAUUAAAUGUCAACCUUAUAACACUACAGCAUGUAUGCAGAAUGCUGUAUUCUGUCUUGGACCAGUCAGUUUUGUGGAGGAGAGCUUGGAUUUCCGUGAAAGCAACCUGGUGGUGAAUUUGAUCACAUGUGAAACAGCACAGUCAUGAGCAGCUACAUGAUGGUAACUUACACUGUAAGAUGCUUUCAGGUAAUUUGCUCUUAGCUUGUCUGUCACUCAUCCACUUACACUAGAAAACCAUUAAAAACAUUAAGCCUAAUGUGUACAUUUUGAUCGUUUUGUUAUAGUUCUACUGAUGCUGGACAUGAGUUUCCUCACACCAUUAAAGCCGAAGCUAUCUUUGCCCUCAUACUGACAGAAAGCUAUUUUGGAAGGUAGUGUGUGGGGAGAGAUAUGUCAGCUGUUCAGCACUACACUCCAUCAAAGCUAGGAAAAAAGAGAAAGCACUAUAGGCUGUCUGCUUUGUGGACUGGGACACAGCUUGUAAACUUGGACAUGUUUUCUUCUGGCUAAUCUUUUGUUGUUAAUCUGAAAAGCUUUGUGAGAAACAAGGCAAGACCCGGAGAGAUCUCCUGCCAUAGUGGAUCUUUUAUCCAUCUCUUUUUUCAGGUGAAGGUGUUUUGCUUUUUGCCAUCAGUGCAACAAGAGACUGUGCAAGGAUUUUAUACUUUCUAUGAAACAUUUGUCUUGUGCUGAAGCUUCAGUUCAGUGCUUGCAGCCUCAAAGAGAUGACAUUACGGCUGAGUCUAUAUUGGUGGUGCUGAGCUCACGCAAGUGAGGUGACAGAGAUUAUCCUGCUCUUCAUGACUGAGGAAGACUCGUAUGCCGUCGCAGGGAUCAAUCAUUUGUAGCCCUACUGUGAUAACUCUGGUAUAAAGUUAUCAAACAAUAUUCUCCAGUCACACUGAGACAAGAACAGGAGACAUGGGAGACAAUAUACCUGGAGGAAUAGUAGCUGCUGCAAAGAACCGUUUGCAGGUGGUUAAGGGCUUGGAAGAUGUGGAGGUGUCUGAGUGCGAGAGCUGCUCCUUUGAGGUGAUUCUCAACCUGGCCUAUAUUGAGGGUGUGUGGACCAGAGAUGGGAUGCAGCUCAAGUCGAAGCCUAACUGUCGUAUCAGUACGCAUGUGAAAAAACACUCUCUGAUAUUGAAAAGGGUGACUCUGGGGGACGCAGGCCUGUUCUGUUUUCAGGCAAAUGGCAUUCAGACCUCAAGCAGACUCAGUGUUAAAGCCAGAGACAUCCAAAUAGUGAAGGAGCUGGAGGAUGUUGACACCAUGGAGCGUCAAAUCGUGAACUUCCUGUGUGAGGUCAAUCAGGUGGAUGUGGACGGCCGGUGGUACAGAGAUGACUGCCGAAUUCGACCAGGGGACAACAUCAAGAUAAGACACCAGGGUAGAACUCACACCCUGUUCUUCAAGUCAGUCAGGCCAGAGCAUGCUGGAGAGAUCAGAUUCACUGCAGAGCGGGUCUCAUCCUAUGCAACUCUCACAGUAAAAGAGCUCCCAGUCCAAAUAGCACGUCCUCUGAGGGUCAAGAUAGCCAUGUAUCACCACAGGGGUCUUCUGGAGUGCCAAGUGUCACGACCUAAUGCUCAGGUCAGGUGGUACAAGAACAGGAAGGAGCUUCUACCAAGCAAGAAGUACCAACUAAUCAGCCAAGAUAUCUACAGGCAGUUGAUCAUCGAUGAUGUCUGCUCGUCAGAUGAAGACACCUACACCUGUGAUGCAGAAGAUGACAAAACCUCUUGUCAGCUUCUAGUGGAGGAGCAAGCUAUCAGCAUAGUGCGGGGAAUGAGCUCAGUAGAGGUGAUGGAACCAGAGCCAGCGCUGUUCCAAGUGGAGACCAGCCUGAAAUCAGGGAGACCCCCCCGAUGGACCCUGAAUGGUGAGGUGCUGGAGCACAGCGCGACAGUGAACAUCGACAGGAAAGGAACCCUCCACAGUCUCUGUCUCACCUCCACAGAAAGCUCCAUGUCGGGCCCUGUGGUCUUUGUGGCUGGCAAGAGUCGUUCUACUGCUCAGCUUACUGUCAAUGAGCGACCCCUUCAGGUUUCCCACCACUUGGAGGAUAUUGAGGCGAAGGAAAACAGCUCUGUGACUUUGAGCUGUGGGUUUACUCCCUCUCCCAGGGUUGUGCGGUGGUUUAAAGGCCGUACGGCGCUGAAGAUCUCUAACAAGCACAGCAUGAAGAGGGAAGGAAAAUGGGCAGCGCUUACCAUUCAUGGCUUGGUAGGGAUGGAUGCAGGACAGUACCGCUGCUUGGCAGGGGGUUCACAGAGCACAGCACAUGUUAAGGUAGAAGUUCGAACACUGAAGUUAGUUAAACACCUUGAAGCAGUGGAAAUUGAGGAGGAUGGCAUUGCUACAUUCUCAUGUGAGCUCAACUAUGUGGUCGCCAAUGUGGAGUGGCUCUUGAACAAUGUUCGCCUCUAUUCCAACGCCAUCAACAGGAUCCAACACAUGGGCACUAUGCACAGCCUCGUCAUCAAGAAGCUGCGACCACAGGAAAGCAGAGUCACCUUCAAAGCAGGUCUUCUGUCUGAGACAACCACCUUAAAGGUCAAAGAGCGCCCAGCAGUGUUCCUUAGGUCUCUGGAGGAUGCAGUAGGAGAAGAGCAAGGGGAAGUCUGCCUGCAAUGUGAAAUUUCCAAAGAGACAGUGACUCCUGUUUGGAGAAAGGAUGGUAUGGUCCUGACCAUGGAUGAUAAAUAUGAGUUUCUCCAGUUUGGGAAGUCCAUGGCAUUGGUCAUCCAUUCCCUGAGCAAGGACGACGCUGGACUGUACACCUGUGACCUGGGUACCAGCCAGACCAAGGCUAAAGUUACUGUACAUGACUUACACAUCACUAUUAUUCAGCGUCUGAAGACAACAUCUGUCCUGGAAGGUGAAAGCUGCACUUUUGAUUGUCACCUCUCUCAUGAUUUUGAUGAUGAGCCUUCUUGGACCAUCAAUGGCCAGGUAGUGGUCUCUAAUAGCCGUAUCCAGGUUAUCAAAAAUGGCCGGAAGUAUAAGAUGACCAUUAGAGAUGCUAUGCUGACUGACGCUGGAGACGUGAUCUUCACAAUUAAAGACCUAAGCUGUAGGACCAUGCUCUUUGUUAAAGAGAAGCCAGUGCACAUCUUCAGGGACCUGUUGAAUGUGAAGGUGGUGCCGGGUGAGGAUGCAGAGCUGAGCUGUGAAAUCACCAAACCAGAUGUUACCAUUCGUUGGCUGAAAAAUGGACAUUUGAUCAGGCAGAGCCCUAAAUAUGAGAUGAGUGUAGAGAAGAACCUGGCAAAAUUGGUGAUCAAGAAUACCACCAUCAGAGACUCCGGAGAUUACUGCUGUGAAGCCGAAGGUGUUGCCUCACGUGCCAAGCUGGAGAUCAGAGAACUCCAGCACACAUUUGCGAAGGAGUUAAGGGACACGCGAGGAGAGGAAAAGGGUAAAGUGACUCUAGAGUGUGAGACCAGGCGGCCUGCCAAGUGGGUGACCUGGUUGAAGGGCAUGGUGGAGCUGAGAUCCGGUAGGAAGUAUGUCAUCAGGCAGAAGGGUGUGGUGCUGUCCCUCACCAUCAACUGUCUGGAGAAAUCGGACACAGAUAUUUAUAUAUGUGACGUCGGAACCAUGCAGAGCCGGGCACAGCUGACUGUGCAGGGCCAGAAGGUUUUGAUCCUGGAUGAAUUAGAGGAUGUUGAGUGUCUAGAGGGUGACACAGUCACAUUCCAGUGUCGAAUCUGUCCCAGUGACUACGUUGGGGUCAAGUGGUACCUGGAUGAGACUCUGCUGUACACCAAUGAGCUCAAUGAGAUCCAGAUGUUGUCCGGAGGAUACCACACCCUCACAUUUAGGCAGCUUGCCCGCAAGGACACUGGCACUAUCUCUUUUGCGGCAGGGGACAAAAGAUCGUACGCCUCAUUGUUGGUUAGGGAGAGGCGUCCCACAAUCAUUAAAGCACUGGAAGACUGUGAGGCUAUUGAAGGAGGUGGUUUAGUUUUGUCUUGUGUGACCUCCAAGCCAUGCCACAUCCUGUGGUACAAAGAUGGCUGCCAGAUGUGGAGCUCCUCAAGAUAUUUUACCGUUCGUUCCGACUGUGAGGCGCGGCUAACAAUUCGGGAGGUCUGCCGGAGCGAUGCUGGAGUGUAUGAGUGCAGUGCUGGAUCUGUUAUAACUAGGGCUGUUGUAACUGUCAAAGCUAUCCCAGCAGAGUUCACCCAACCUUUAAAGACUGUGGAGGUCAAAGAGGGGGAGACCGUGACCCUGACCUGUGAAUACUCUCUCCCAGGGGUCCCGUUUCACUGGAGAAAAGGUUUUGAGAUUAUCAGGCCUGGAGACAAGCAUGUGAUAAAACAGAGGAAGACAAUAAUUUCCUUGACCAUCAAAGCCCUGAAGCCUGAUGACUCAGGAGAAUAUAGCUGUCAGUGCAGAGAUCACCGCACUACAGCAAGCCUCAAAGUACAUGCUAUCCCCAUUACAUUCAUACAGCAGUUAAAGAACAUGCAGGCAGAAGAGGGAAGCAAUGUCAUAUUGCGCUGUGAGCUGUCUAAACCUGGGGUUAUAGCAGAAUGGAGAAAGGGAUAUGAGCUGCUGAAGAAUGGGGUUAAGUAUCAGAUAAAGAGAAGGGAGACCACCUUGGAGCUCCUGAUAUGGAAGCCUGUGCCUGAAGACAGUGGAGUCUACAGCUGUGUCUGUGCUGAUCAGGUGACAUCUGCCACAGUCAAAAUCACUGCUCUCCCAGUCACCUUCAAGCAGAAGUUGAGGAACGUGCUGGUUGAGGAGGGUAACAUUGCGGCUUUCCGCUGUGAGCUGUCGAAGGCUGGUCACAGUGUGGAGUGGAGGAAGGGAGGAAACGAACUCAUCACGCAUGGAGAGAAAUAUCACAUGCGGCAGAGAGACACGCUGAUUGAACUGAGGAUCUCUGAUGUAACACCUGAGGACAGCAAUAUCUACACGUGCAUCUGUGGAAACAUAGAAACCACUGCAACACUCACUGUUAAUGUACUUCCCAUCUCUUUCAAACAAAAGCUGAAGAACCUCCAAGUGGAGGAGGGACACAACAUCACGCUGUAUUGUGAGGUAUCUAAACCGGGUGUCCCAGUGGAGUGGAGGCUUGGAGGAGAUCUGUUGGAGAACGGAGAGAAAUACCAGAUUAAGCAGAGGGACUCAGGCCUGGAGUUGAUCAUCAGAGACGCUGAUCCAGAGGACAGCGGGGUCUACACCUGUGUGUGUAGAGAGCAGAAGACAAAGGCCACUGUUAAAGUUAUCUCUGUUCCUGCCACAUUUAAAGUGAGCCUGAAGAGCCAGGAGGCUUUAGAAGGGAACAGUGUUACUCUACGCUGUGAACUUUCAAAGAAGGGAGUCCCAGUGCAGUGGCAGAGAAAUGGCCAGGUGUUGUCUGAAGAGAUAUUUCGAGGAAAGUAUCAGAUGAAGCAAGAGGGAAAAACGGCUCAGGUGACCAUUCUCAACGUCCAGCCAGAGGACGCAGGGAAGUACAGCUGCAUCACAGGAGAUGAGAAAACCACAGCUGAAGUCAAAGUGAAAUCACUUCCUGUGACAUUCAAACGAGAGAUCCAGGGCCUGGUGGUGAAGGAAGGGGACUGUGGAGUGUUCUGCUGCGAGCUCUCCAGACCUGGAGCUCCAGUGGACUGGAGGAAAGGCAGGGUGAUUUUGAAACCUGGAGAGAAAUAUGAGAUGAAGCAAGAGGGACGUCUCACUAAACUCAUCAUCAACAACAUAGAUGAGAGCGAUGCUGGAAAAUAUACUUGCAAGACUAAAGACAGCCAAUCAACUGCUGAGCUCACUGUCCGAGAAUCACCUGAGCGCAGACGUCAAAGAGGUUUACCACCAAGUUUUAAGCUGCCACUAGUCAACCAGGAGGUGACAGAGGGCAACUGUGUGGUUCUUCGCUGUGAGCUCGACAAACCUGCCCCCUCAGUGGAGUGGAGGAGAGGAGAAGAGUUGCUGAAAAAUGGAGACAAAUACCAGAUGAGGAAGAAGGACCUGCAGGUGGAGAUGAGGAUUGCGGACCUCAGCCUGAGUGACACUGGAGAUUAUACCUGUAUAUGUGGAGAACAGAUGACAAAAGCUACAGUCAUCGUGAAUGAACGGCCCAUCAAAUUUCUUCAAGAACUGAAAAAUAUUCAGGUGCAGGAGGGCAAUGGAGUGACACUCUGCUGUGAGCUCUCCAAACCCGGCACUCCAGUGCAGUGGAAGAAGGGAGCCAAUGUACUGACUAAUGGGGAGAAAUACCAGAUGAAGCAGAGCGGCUCUACCCCGGAGCUUCUCAUCAGAAAAAGCCAGCCUGAGGACAGUGGCACAUACAGCUGUAUUUGUGAUGACAUAAAAACUACCGCCACUGUCAUCAUCACAGCGAUCCCAGUAACUUUCAAGCAAAAGUUGAAGAAGCAGGAAGCUGUGGAGGAGGACUGUGUGACUCUGCGCUGUGAGCUCUCUAAAGCAGGAGUGCCAGUGGAGUGGAGGAAAGAUGCUCAACUACUGAAAGAGGGAGAAAAAUAUCAGAUGAAACAUGAAGGCAGGGUGGCUGAGAUGCUGAUCAGAAAUUUAACUCUCACAGAUGCUGGGGAGUACAGCUGUUUUGUUGGCACUGUUGUGACUUCAGCUGACAUCAAAGUAAGAGCAAUACCAGUAAUGUUUAAACAAGAGGUGGCGAAUUUGGAGGUGAAGGAAGGGGACAGUGGGGUUUUCUGCUGUGAGCUCUCUAAACCUGGAGCUCCAGUCGACUGGAGGAAAGGCAGAGUCAUCUUAAAACCUGGAUACAAAUAUGAGAUGAAACAGGAAGGAUGUGUCACUAAACUGAUCAUCAACAACGUAGAGGAGGGCGAUGCUGGGAAAUAUACCUGCAAGACUAACGACAGUCAGUCGACUGCUGAGCUUAUCGUCAAAGCUCCUCCCAUCACAUUCAAGACAAAGUUAAGGAACCAGCAGGUGCAGGAGGAGAACACUGUGACGUUGAGCUGUGAGCUGUCAAAGCCCAGCCUUGCUGUGGAGUGGAGGAAAGGACAAGAACUUCUGAAGAAUAAUUUCAAGUACCAGAUUAAAAAUCGAAACAGUGUCAUGGAGCUGACUAUCAAAAACACACAAAUGGAGGACAGUGGACUUUACAGCUGUAUCUACGGUGAUGUCAAGACCACAGCCAACAUCACCAUUACACCUAUCCCCCUCUCCUUUAAAAUGGGUCUAAAGAAUCAGGAGGCCCCUGAAGGAGGCAACGUGUCCCUUCGCUGUGAACUGUCCAGGUCUGGGGUACCUGUGCAGUGGUUUAAGGCAGAGGACCAGCUCUAUCAUGGGGGACGAUAUCAGAUGACACUGAGAGGGAAGAUAGCUGAGAUGCACAUCAAAAACGUUCAGCCCGAAGAUGUCGGGGAGUACAGCUGCAUCUUAGGGGACCAGAAGACAACGGCUGAAGUGAACGUGAGAGCGGCAGCAUCUGUGUUCUUUGAGAAGGAACUGGAGAGCCAAGCUGUGAUGGAAGGGAAAUCUGUGCUGCUGUCUUGUGAAGUUUCCAGUGCCAAUGUCCCUGUCACUUGGAAGAAGGACAACACUGUGGUGGAAGAAGGAGGGCGAUACAUUUUAAAGAAGAAGGGCCCCACUCACACUUUGGAGAUCAAGAAACUUAAUCUGCAAGAUGGUGGAGAGUACUGCUGUAUCACCAGAGGCAAGAAGACCACUGCCAAGCUGAUUGUUAGGGCUUCCUCUUCCUCCACAGAGCGUGUGCGGAUUGUUACAGAGCUGCAAGACAUAAUGGUGACAGCAGGUGAAGAUGCAGAGUUUGUGUGUGAGUUGAGCCAUGCAGAUGUGAGUGAAGGGGUCUGGUGGCUUGGAUCCAGCCCUCUGCAGAAGAACGAGAUGAACCAGAUGACAUGCCAGGGUCGCCAGCACCGACUGAUCCUCACCAUGACAACGCCUGACGAGACGGGCACCGUGGCGUUUGUAGUUGGGGAGGAGAGGACCUCUGCUCGUCUGCUAGUUGUUCCUAAGCCCAGAGUUUUAUUUGAGGACAAGCCUAAAGACAUUGUAAUCAUGGAGGGAGAGACAGCCACUUUGUCCUGCAGGACUUCUGAUUUUACCUCACUGGUUAUCUGGAGGCGUAACCACAUCCCACUCCAAAAUGGUGAUAAAUAUGAGAUACGCAAAGAGGGAAAAGUCAACCUAUUGCUCAUCCAUGAUGUGGAUCCCCUGGACACUGGUAUAUACUCCUGUGAUACAGGAGAUGUGCAGAGCAGUGCCAAACUUACCGUGACAGAGCUCCCUCCAUUCUUCCAAGAAGAAUUGCAGAGUGUGGAGGUUGAGGAGGGAGGUUCAGCCUCCCUAUACUGUGAGCUGUCUAAACUGGGAGUGCCAAUUCAGUGGAAGAAGAACAGACUGCCUCUGAGAGCCAGCAGAAAGCAUGAGAUAAGGCAGGAUGGCUGCUUCCUCCAGCUUCUCAUCAAGGAUCUCAAACCUGAGGACAGUGGCAGCUACUCAUGCCAAGCAGGAAAUGCAGAGACCACUGCAACUGUGACAGUGAAAGAGCUCCCACCAUUCUUCAAGAAAGAAUUGAGAAGUGUGGAGGCUCAGGAGGGAAGUGCAACCUCUCUCUACUGUGAGUUGUCUAAACCUGGAGUAUCAGUGCAAUGGAAGAAGAACCAGCUGCUGCUGAGCGCCAGCAGGAAAUAUGAAAUGAAACAAGAUGGCUGCCUCCUCCAGCUCCACAUCAGAGAGCUCAAACCUGAUGAUAGUGGAAGCUACUCAUGUCAAGCAGGAAGUGCAGAGACCACUGCAGUUGUGACAGUGAAAGAGCUCCCUCCAUUUUUCAAAGAGGAUUUGCAGAACAUGACGGCUGAAGAGGGAGGUACAGCCUCCCUGUGCUGUGAGCUGUCUAAGCCAGGAAUGUCAGUGCAAUGGAAGAAGAAUAAACUGCCACUGAGAGCCAGCAGGAAGUACGAGAUGAUGCAAGAUGGCUGCCUCCUCCAGCUCCACAUCAGGGAGCUCAAACCUGAUGAUAGUGGAAGCUACUCAUGUCAAGCAGGAAGUGCAGAGACCACUGCAGUUGUGACAGUGAAGGAACUCCCUCCAUUCUUCAAGAAAGACUUGGUUAGUGUGGAGGCUGAGGAGGGAGGUACAGUCUCCUUGUGCUGUGAGCUGUCUAAGCCUGGAGUGUCAGUGCAGUGGAAGAGGAACAGGCUGCCACUGAGAGCUAACAGGAAGUAUGAAAUGAAACAAGAUGGCUGCCUCCUCCUGCUUCACAUCAAGGAUCUCAAAUGUGAGGACAGUGGAGGCUACACUUGUCAAGCAGGAAGUGCAGAAACCACUGCAACUGUGUCAGUGAAAGAGCUCACUCCAUUCUUCAACAAAGAAUUACGAAGUGUGGAGGUUGAGGAGGGAGCUACAGCCUCCCUGUGCUGUGAGCUGUCUAAGCCUGGAGUGUCAGCGCAAUGGAAGAAGAACAAGCUACCACUGAGAGCCAGCAAGAAGUAUGAGAUGAAACAAGAUGGUUGCCUCCUCCAGCUCAGCAUUAAAGAGCUCAAACCUGAGGACAGUGGAAGCUAUGCGUGUCAAGUGGGAAGUGCAGAGACCACUGCAACUGUGACAGUGAAAGAGCUCCCUCUUUUUUUCAUAGAGGAUUUGCAGAACAUGACGGCUGAAGAGGGAGGUACAGCCUCCCUGUGCUGUGAGCUGUCUAAGCCAGGAAUGUCAGUGCAAUGGAGAAAGAAUAAACUGCCACUGAGAGCCAGCAGGAAGUACAAGAUGAUACAGGAUGGCUGUCUGCUCCAGCUCCACAUUAAAGAUCUCAAACCUGAGGACAAUGGAAGCUACACAUGUCAAGCAGGAAGUGCAGAGACCACUGCAACUGUGUUGAUAAAAGAGCUCCCACCAUUUUUCAAGGAAGAAUUGCAGAAUGUGAAGAUGGAGGAAGGAGGCACAGUCUCCCUGUGCUGUGAACUGUCCACAUCUGACAUACCAGUGCAAUGGAAGAAGAACAAUUUACCACUAAGAGCCAUCAGGAAAUAUGAGAUGAAGCAAGAUGGUUGCCUCCUCCAGCUCCUCAUUAAGGAGCUCAAACCAGAAGACAGCGGAAGCUACUCAUGUCAAGCAGGAUGUGCAGAAACCACUGCAACUGUAACAGUGACAGAGCUCCCUCCAUUCUUCAAGAAGGACUUGGAAAAUGUGGAGGCUGAGGAGGGAGGUACAGCCUCUCUGCACUGUGAGCUGUCUAAGCCUGGAGUGUCAGUACAGUGGAAGAAGAACAAACUUCCUCUAAGAGGCAGCAGGAAGUAUGAAAUGAAGCAGGAUGAUAGCCUCCUCCAGCUCCUCAUCAAGGAUCUCAAACUUGAAGACAGUGGAAGCUACUCAUGUCAUGCAGGAAAUGCCAAGACCACUGCAACUGUGACAGUGACAGAGGUCCCACCAUUCUUCAAGGAAAGCUUAAAAAGUGUGGAGAUUGAAGAGGGAGGUACAGCCUCUCUGCACUGUGAGCUGUCCAAGCCUGGAUUGUCAGUGCAAUGGAGUAAGAACGGGCUGCCACUAAGAACCAGCAAAAAAUACGAGAUAAAGCAAGAUGGCUGCUUCCUUCAGCUUCACAUCAAGGAUCUUAAAUCUGAAGAUAGUGGAAGCUAUACAUGUAAAGCAGGAAGUACAGAGACCAUUGCAACUGUGACAGUAAAAGAGCUCACUUCAUUUUUCAGCAAAGAAUUACAAAGUGUGGAAAUUGAGGAAGGAGCUACAGCCUCCCUGUACUGUGAGCUGUCUAAGCCUCAAGUGUCAGUACAAUGGAAGAAGAACAAGAUGCCACUGAGAGCCAACAGAAAGUAUGAAAUGAAGCAGGAUGGCUGCUUCUACCAGCUCCACAUCAAGGAUCUCAAACCUGAAGACAGUGGAAGCUACACAUGCCAUGCAGGAAAUGCUGAGACCACGGCAACUGUGACAGUAAAAGCAAUACAACCAACUGCACCGGAGGUAGAGUCACCCACAUUACUGCCGCGGACAAAGAGCACUGUUUCCAAACCAACUGCUACUCCAGAGAAUGAGAGGCCUGUUCCUCCAGAGCCGAAAAAGAGAGCUAAUAGGAAAGCAUCUAUUACAAAUUUAGAAAAACAUGUGGAUUCAGUGAUUGACAGCCAACAGUCUAUGCCAAGGGAGACUGACGACCAAAACAGCUUCAAACCUGGAAGGUCUGUGGAGAAAGACUUUAAUGUUAUACAGAAUGUAACACAGCUGGAGAGACACAAGGAGAAAGACAGGGAGGUGUCCAAGAAAGUUGAUAAGACAAUUAAACUACUUGAGAAGGAAGAUAGGUUUGACAGGGAGGUGGAAGCGCCACCUAGGCCAUUGGAAACAGAGAAAGAAGUUUUCAUGGAGACUAAACAAACAGCAAAGAAGUUGGAGACAUUAGUCAAAGUUGACCAUAAUGUAUGUCAGUCAGACGGGUUUCUGGGAGACACUGAGCAAAAGAGACAGCCAGUAAUAUGUCUGGAAAAAGAAAAUGAAAUUGAACAAAGGUCAAAACAGCCUGAAAAACCUUCAGAUAAAACAAGUAUGGUUGAAAGGACAAACAUUCCAGAAACAAUCCUCUGGAAGAACGGAGAGGAUGAAAAACAUGAUAAGCCACUAAAAACGUUUGUGAAAGAAACAAUGAAGGUACAAGAAGAGAAGUCUACUGUAAGGAAGGCUGAAGUAGACAAAACAGAAGAGGAAAUUUUUAGACCACCAGUAAGGUCUAAAGGAAAAAUAACAGUGGGAAAGGAACCCCUAAAAUAUGUUACAAAGGAAACUGAGGAGAUCAUUGUCCAGUCAGCAAAGCCUCCCGUCAGUGAUUCUGUAGAAGACCAUCAACAGAAAGGCCGUGUGGAACAACAUGUGUCCUCAGAGGCAGAGAGAGAGAAAAAGCCACUGAAACUAGCAGUGGGUAACCAGUCUGGCAAAAAAACAGAAAAGACUUUAGAAAAAGAGGCUGAAUUCACCCCUCCAAAACCACCUGUGAGGAUAAAAAGCAAAGCAAGGGGAGGAAUGGAAAAACAAUAUUCAAGGGACACAGAGACAGAAGAUGAUCAACAGAUAAGAAGAGAUGAAGUGAAAACAACAAAUGAUAAGCCAAUGCAACAGUCAAUAGGGUCUUUGAAGGAAAAUGUUCAAGAGAAAGCAAGAAUUGAGAGGGAACAAUCAGUGACAACAGAUGCUGAGAUAAUUGAAAAAAUUAAGGAACCUGUGAAAGCUGCGGAGAAGGACACAAACACCAAACAGCCGAUCAGACAACCAGUAAAACCCAUAAGAAAUCAACCUGAAGUAGACCAGGAAACAAAACUGGCAGUCGAGCCAAUGAGAAGAGAAGAAGACAGACAAACAGUAAAGAUGAUGGAAGACAUUCCUCUCCUCUACAUUUCUGAAGAUGAGACUUUCUUAGAGGCUUUGACUGAGAUACCAGCUAUCUGCAGCCCUGUCCAGUUCCCUGGUUCUUUUGUUGGCGGUUCAAACCAACCCUCUACAGUACCUCCAACUCAUGUACCCGAGAGGGAACUGCCACCAAAAAAUACCAAACUAGAGAGUGAUAUCAGCGUUGAGGAUGAACCACAAUUGCAAGAAGCUGCAGUCAAGAUCCAGGCUGCCUUUAAAGGCUACAAAACCCGCAAAGACAUGCGACCUGUCUUUAAAGAGAUGUUUAAGAACCAGAGUGCAGAUCUUCAUGGUACAGUCACUCUAGUGUGCAUUGUAGAAGGGAAACCCAGCACAGUACGCUGGCUGAAAAAUGGCCAACAAAUCACUAGUGACUGUCGAUGCUGUAUUGAGACUAAGGAAAAUGGGGUUUGCAUGCUGGUGAUCAAAAACCUUACCACUAAUGACAGUGGAAUCUAUACAUGUGAGGUUUUGAAUAAGUUUGGUGGGACCUCCUACAAUGGAAACAUAACAGUAGUACAGCCUCAGAAGCCUGCUCCGAUAGCCCAGAAGCCUGUACACCCACCCCUUGCAGCCAUAACUCCUCUGCAACUUGCCCCAGCAAAGCCUGAGGUCCAGACCAAAACAGAGACUCAGAAUCCACCUCAGACUCAAACCCAGAUUCCCACUUCAGCUGCAGAUGCUGCGAGCUAUGUAGAAAGUGUGAGUGUCUCUCUGUGGGAGGCCUACAAUCUGACGGAGCAGCAGGAUGCUCAGACGAGCCCACAAGAAAGGAGAGGUUCGUCACUCAUUGCUGCCAGUUCCAUGUCAAGUCCCUCUGAUUAUGAUACAGCUCCAGAUAUGUUGGAACCAGUUGAGAUUUGCCCAGCUGUACCAAGGGAAGUGACAAAAGCAGUGGAUCAAGUGCCUCCAAAAGACGAUAAAGAACAGAUAACUCCUCCACAACCUCCUAAGAAACUACUGAAGGUCAAAGGGGCUCAUGAAGGAAGACUGAGGACACCAUCUCCUAAACACCACCGUACUCACACACCCUUAACUAGUACUGUCUCUGGAUCCGAGUCAGAAGGGGAGGAGUAUAGACAAGAGACAUUUGAAAUAUAUGUGGCUCGGGCUGACUGCAGUCCAAACAGCGGAAAUAAGGACAGUUUUGUUCUGAAGGAGAGCCAGUUUGUAGAGGUCCUGGAUUCUGUUCACCCUGACAGGUGGCUGGUGAGGACCAAACCCACCAAAACCAAUCCUGCUCGACAGGGAUGGGUGUGUCCAGCCUACCUGGAGAAGAAGAGGAAGGAGACUUUCCCGCAGUUGAGAACACCUCCAGAGGAUCUUGAUGGUAUUGGGUCGACAGGAGAAGAAUACAGGAGAGCUCUGAGCCAACUGAUCCAAGGUCUGAUUGAUGGAGAGGAGGAGUUUGUAAAGGAGAUGAAGACGUUCACCUCUCACCAACUAAAUUAUCUGGAGUCUAGCCGCAAUGUACCCAUUAACAUCCUCAAUCAGAAAGAGAUCAUUUUCAGGAACAUCAGAGAGAUUGUGCUUCUGCAUGAGAGGGCCUUCCUUCCCGGUCUGAGGAAAUGUGCCACAGAUGAUGACGUAGCCAUGCACCUGAUCAAGCACGCUGAGGACUUUGAGAAGUAUCUUCAUUACAUGAUGGGACAAGCACAAGCGGAGGCCUGUGCCACAGACAAGACUAUCCAACAGUUUUUCAAAGAGUUAACACAAUCUGGGAAGUCUGAGGCUGCUGCCAUGGAUAUCCUCACCUUCCUCCAGCGACCGGUGGAGAGGAUUCAGACCUACCAGGCUUUAUUGAAGGAAUUAAUCAAGAACAAAGCCAAAAGUGGCCAGAGCUGCUGUCUUUUAGAAGAUGCCUUUUCCAUAGUGUCCUGUCUACCCUGGAGGUCUGACAAUCUGCACCAGGUGUCUCUCAUCGAGAACUACCCAGCUCCUCUGACUGCCCUGGGUGAACCUACACGACAGGGACUCUUCACAGUGUGGGAGGAAACUCCAGAAAUUAAGACGACCUCUAGGGGGCAUCAGAGACAAGUGUUUCUCUUUAAGGAAUGUAUUGUACUGUGUAAACUGAAAAGAGACACCAGUGUGAGCAGUGACACCUACACCUUCAAGAACAAAAUGAAGCUGAAUGAUGUGGAAAUAAAGGAGACUGUGGGUGGAGAUGAAAAGUCUUGGGGUUUGUGGCAUGAGCACAGGGGCUCAUUGCGGAGGUACACCCUGCAGGGCCGCUCCUCCCUGGUUAAAGUCUCCUGGCUCAAGGACCUGAAGGAUCUACAGCAAUGCUCCAGCCUGCCCACUAACAGCCCACCAGUGUUUGAGUCACUCUUGUCUGACUGCACAACAAAGAUAGGACAGACAAUCAAACUGACCUGUAAAGUCACAGGAUCACCAAAACCAGUGGUCAGCUGGCUCAAAGAUGGCCUUCCACUGGAGGAUGACCCACGUCACAUCAUCACAGCAGACCGGUCAGGCACCUGCAGUCUCAUCCUGGACAGCCUCACUGCUCAGGACUCGGGGCAGUAUGCUUGCUAUGCUAGCAGCUUCAUGGGCAGUGCUGGUACUCUGGCUAAGAUUGUGGUGCAGGCUCCACCCAGAUUUGUGUGUCGGCUGGAGAGUGCUUGUCUGAUAGAAGGUGAAGAUAUACAGUUUACCUGCUCCACACUUACUACUCCUUUGCCACGAAUCAGAUGGCUGAAAAAUGGCAGAGAGUUGACUGACCAGAAAAAGUACUCCAUCCUGAAUGAUGCUCGGAGUGGGAUCUUGUGUCUGACAGUCCUCAGUGCAACACAAGCAGAUAUUGGACAGUAUGAGUGUGAGCUUUGGAAUGAGUUUGGCUGCAUCAAGUGCAAAGCAGGGCUGUGCCCCGCUUACGUGCCACGAACUGACAUCGAGAACGACCAACCACAGGACUUGCCUCCUAAAGGUAGGACAGCCAGAGCCACUGAAGGUAAAUAUCCUCCACACGGGAUAGAAAUUCACCACGGGGUUUUCAUGGGGACGCUCCACGCUUUGACAGUUCAGCUGUGUUUGACAAGGUUAUAUUUCAAGUGUCUGACUCAUACAUUCCUGCUGAUUGACAUUGUGGUUUUCAUAGAUGCAGACUCAGAGGGCUGGUCCACUGUGUUUGUUAAGAAAUGGUUACAGACUGAUUUCAGCCCCACCUCGAUUGCUAAGAUGCUCUUCCCUCCUGGACAACCUGAACAAGCUGCAUGUGGUACUGAAGAGGGGGUUCCUGACUCAACAUCUGUGGGCCAGGUGCUACAGCAGCCUCUGUAUUACCAAGAGGAUGAAGAGGAAGAGAUCUACAUCUUGGAGUCAAUGCAGGAAAUUACAGAUGCUCCUCCCUCCAUCCAGGUACCCACUGAGGACCUCUGUGUGGAGCCGGGCCAACCAGCUACAUUUACUGCCAUUAUCACAGGAAGACCCACUGCCAAAAUACAGUGGUACAAGGAUGGAGAGGAGCUUGAAGCCAAUGACAAUGUGGCGAUGGUACAGCAUGGCGCCCGCUGCUCAGUGACGAUAGUGUGUCCUGAGGGUGAGGAUAGUGGCAUAUACACCUGCUUCGCUUACAAUGACUCUGGCCAUGCCUCAUGCCAGGCUCAGCUGACAGUGGAAGAAGGCCCUCUGGAGCGUCAGGAGAGAGAGGUGGAGCUGGGGAAGAGAAGGAAGUUAUUCUCGGUGUAUGAUGUCCAUGAGGAGAUUGGAAGGGGAACCUUUGGGGUGGUGAAGCGUGUAAUCCACAGAAGGACAGGUGAAGUGUUUGCUGCCAAGUUUCUGCCUCUGCGGAGCAGCACACGGACCAGAGCCUUCCAGGAGAGGGACUUGCUAUCCCGUUUGGCUCAUCCCAGAGUGGCCUGUCUGCUGGACUUCUUUUGCACCAGACGCACUCUGGUGCUGAUCACAGAAAUGUGCUGUUCUCAUGGACUUCUAGACCAUUUAUUACUGAAAGGAUCGGUCUCAGAGAGAGAGAUCUGCUCAUACGUCCAGCAAAUUCUUGAAGGAGUCGGGCACAUUCACAGCAUGAACAUUUUGCAUCUGGACAUUAAACCUGAUAACAUCCUGAUGGUGUAUCCGCCCAGAGAUGAAAUCAAGAUCUGUGACUUUGGCUUUUGCCAAGAAAUAGACACAUCCAGACACCAAUACAGUAUGAUUGGUACACCAGAGUUUGUUGCCCCUGAGAUUGUUCACCUCGAGCCAGUCACCGUCGCCUCUGAUAUUUGGUCUGUAGGUGUUAUAGCCUAUAUAUGUUUAGUGUGCCGAUGCCCUUUUGUGGGUGAGACAGACCGUGCUACACUGCUGAGGGUCGGGGAGGGGACCCUGAACUGGGAUGCCCCUGAUAUCACGUGCAGGAGCCCAGAGGCCCAGAGCUUUCUCCACAUGCUCCUUCAGCCAGAUCCAGAGAAGCGCCCAUCUGCCUUUGAGUGCUUGAGCCAUGAAUGGUUCCAGGACGAACAAGCAGGAGAAGACACUGACGAAAUCAACACAAGAAAAUUGAAAGUCUUCAUGUCAAAAAGAAAAUGGCAGCGUUCUUUGACUUGUAUUGGGUCAGUUCUCACGUUGAGGCCCAUCCCUGAGCUGCUGGACGCUCCUCUCAGACAAACUGCGGUGACGGUGCCUCGCGAGCCCCAGGAACACAGCAGCACGUCUCUGAGCAGUGGCUCCUCGUCUGAGUAUGAUGAAGCUGACUCUUGGGACUUUUUCCAGCAAUGCAGCCAGACUGAGGAGGAGGAAGAAACAGAGGAGGACUAUGAUCCUUUAAUGGAGAGAGCGCAGAUCCCUGAGCCUUUUGCCAAACUCCACCUUUAUGCAGAGGAGGACGAGGAAGUAACGUUUGGGGAGGAAGAGGAUGGGGAGAUAGGAAGGAGGAGUGUGCUGGAGAGGAGUAUGAGCAGGCAGUCAGUUGAGUCAUCAGAUGUGUCCUGCCAGCAGACACCUCAGAGGGAACGUAGAUUCAGCAAGGAUAGUAGUCCAUCUCUCUACCUAUCUGAUGGCGAUGAGGGUUCUGGCAGCGACGGAGGUCGUAUCCCACGUGGCAGUGUUAUCCGAAGCACUUUCUACAGCACUUCCCAUCAGCUUUCACCAAUGUCUGCCAGACACAUGACAUUACGGGACAAGUUCCAGGCCAAAAAGCAGGAGAGAGGUCGCAAACCGCUCCGCAGAAGUCUUUCAGGUCGUCUCAAUGAGCCGCUUAUUGAAUAUGUGGAGGAUGAGACGGAAACAAAUCGUGGCCAGAGAAAAGCAUCUAUCCAGCCUACAAUCCAGAAGUCCUGUUCCUUUGACAGUGGUGUCAGUCUCGCCCAUACCAACGUACCCCCUCACAGGAGGAGCAGGUCUCUUGAUGAAUACUCUCGUCGAUCUCCCACCUCACCUAAACGCACAAAGUCAGGUGAAGAAGAAGGCUCUCAAAGUCUGAAGGAAGAUUUCACAGAUGACGAAGGGAGAAACUUGUUGGCCAUCCCAAGCCCUCAGCGACCCAUGAGAAGAAGAGGCUCUGUUGCUCCAUUACUAGAGACUCGCAUGCUAGGUGAAUCAUCUCUACCCUUAAGGCUACAUGCUGGAGUCAGAAUGGGUCCUGGGCUGGAUCAGGAGCAGACACAGGGUGACACCUUUGUGGGUUCCCAGGGGUCUCUUGCUGAGUCAUCUAUUUUGGAGCAUGGUGGCUCUGAAUCUUCAAGCAGGCUUGGUUCAUUUGAGGAGCUGAAUCAAGUUCAUCUUAGAGAAAGAUACAGGUCGGGAGAGAGUGAAGGCUAUGACGAUCAGGGAGAGCCUCUGAUUUCACCAUCCCCAUGCUCAUUCCAAGAAGUUAAACCUAGAAGCUCGUUUCCCCAGGCACCACCACGUAACCGCACCCGCUCCAACCCCAAUUUGUCUACAAACAGCAGAGGUCAGCUGGGAACCCCCCUGACAGUGAGCCCCAGUCCCAGCCUCUCUUCUCUUCAGGCUCCACAGAGGCCCCCCAGGGCCAGAGACAAAAAGGAGGGCUAUGGCCUCCAGAGACAUGCAUCCGCUCCAGCCCUUGAAGCCCGGCCGCCUGCAGGAAAAUCACCCAAGCUGGGACUGCUGAAGAUCUUCCGCAGGCAAUCCUGGACUGGCCAUUCAUACUCUCACCUGGAAGACAUAGAAUUAGGACCCACUCUCGGAGAGAUCAUGAAGCCCGACACUCCCACCAUGUCUCUGAGGAAGAAAAUGAGAGCUUCAGCAUCCAGCCUGACCAAACUGUUUUCCAGGUCUUCUAGUAAGGAGGAUGUGAGCAAAGGAGGUCCAAUAGUAAAAGGAACGUCUCCUAUCUCUCCUGAAAUGGAGUAUAGCACAGGUCUUGAGAGUCCAAAAAAGAGGACCUCCAAACUCUUGCCUUCUUUUAAAAUACCUGCAUUCAAAAGGACAAAAGAUCUGCCUGUACGUCCCCACAAGGCUGAAGUGCUCCAGUUAGAUGGAGGUGGAGUCCUGCUGGUUUGGCGACCAGUCCAGUCUAGUGACCCUGUUACCUACUGUGUGCAGUACUGCACAGAGGGUGGGGAUUGGACAGUCCUGUCACAGGAGGUGAUGGAUAGCUGCUAUGUGGUGAGGGAUUUACCCAGAGGAGCGUCUUAUGUGUUCAGGGUGGGCUGCAUCACCAAGACAGGAGCAGGACCUUUCAGUGAUGCUUCAGCACCUGUUGUCAUGGCUACUCAUCCUGAGGAGACUCACAUUCCUCUCAUCCAGACCGAGUCACUGGGGUCAAAAGUCAUGGGGUCAGAACAACAGCCAUCACAGAAAAACUACAAUUUCCUCUCUGAGAUCAACAGGGGUCGUUUCAGCGUUGUAACCCUGUGCAGGGAUGCUGAGACCAGCCAAGUGUUUGCCGCCAAGAUCACCCCUUACCAGGCAGAGCAGAGACAGCUGGUGCUGAGGGAAUACCAGCUGCUGAAGAGGCUUCAUCACCCCCACCUGGUGCAGCUGCACACUGCCUACAUCACCUCCUGCUAUGUGGUGUUAGUGGAGGAGCUCUGUCCUGGCAAGGAGCUGCUCUACAAUCUGGCAGCGAGAGAUGUGUAUGCAGAGACUCACGUUGCAGGGCUGCUGGUUCAGAUUCUGAGUGCAGUCGACUACCUUCACAGCCGUCGAGUCAUCCACCUGGACCUGAAGUCUGACAACAUGCUGGUGGAUGAUUGCAACCACCUGAAGAUAGUUGACUUAGGCUCAGCCCAGUCGUUCACGCCUGGUCAGCCUCUCAACAUCGAGCACAUUCAGGGCCUGUCCGAGAGCAAAGACUGCCGCAGCAAAGUUUAUAUUGUCCUCCCUAAAGCUCCGGAAAUCCUGGAAGGUCAAGGUGUCGGGCCUGAAACUGACAUUUGGGCUAUUGGAGUUCUGUUGUUCAUCAUGCUGAGUGCAGACAGCCCCUUUCAUGCAGAGCUCAGCUGGGAACAAGACAGAAACAUCAAGAAGGGGAAGAUCCAGUUUGGACGCUGUUACCCUGGUCUGUCAGAGGGAGCCUUAAACUUCAUGAAGAGCAGCCUGAAUAACAAAUCCUGGGGGAGACCCUCAGCAGCGGAGUGUCUCCAGAAUCCUUGGCUGCGUGCCCAUCGUGCUCCACACAGAGGUCAACACUCCAAGGUCUGUUUCUCCACAGACAAGCUCAAAGAUUACCUGAAGCAGAAGGAGGAGAAACGAGAUCAGGUUCGCACCAAGCUUCAGGGCCCCUUCUUCCAGUAAGGCGACGAUGUAGGGGUUUCUUUCAUUGACUUCGCAGCCUUCUAUUAAGCACAUUUUCACAUCAGCUGAAUGUUGUUGUUUGACUUUGAAAAUGUGAUCCGUCUUAAGGAGUUUUUAAAAUGUUUCAAAGCGUAUUCAUUCAUCAGCAUGUAUGUGUUAGUGUGCUGCAUUUCUGGCCUUUGUUAUAUGUGUAAAUAUAUCAGGGAUAAGGUCUAGUCUAAGCAAUGAGUGCAUGAGUUGUAAAAUUUUGAUUUUGUGACACAGGAAACUGUUGCUUUGAUUCUCAGUAUCAGACAGAUGCAC